AGGUGAAAUGAUGAAAGGACAAUGAUACGUGAUAGAUGCCCGUUUAAAAUUGACCGCCAUUGGCUUUCAUGACCGAUUGAACGGAAUGAGGAACACACACAAACCAUGACUGCGCAUGCGUAGUUUCAAGUAACCAUGAGUGAACGUAGCGAGGUUGAUAUGUCGCGUGUGCCAGUUUUAGCAAUUUUGGGAUCUACAGGAUGUGGAAAAUCACGUUUGGGUAUCGAAUUGGCCCGUCGAUUCCUCGGGGAAAUUAUUUCGGCCGAUAGCAUGCAAGUAUACCAAGGUCUGGACAUCAUCACGGCGAAAGUGACAGAAGAGGAGAGGAAAAUGGCUCCGCACCACAUGCUGGAUAUCGUAGAUCCUCUGAAUCCUAGUUACACGGUGGUUCAGUUCAGGAAUACGGCCGCACCUAUCAUCAACGAUCUGCUCGCGAGGAGAAAACUCCCGAUCAUCGUCGGUGGGACCAACUAUUACAUAGAGUCUAUACUCUGGGAGAUUCUGAUAGAGAAGGACAGGCAACGGAUGGACGAAGUGGAUGAUGUGUCGCGGUCAAAGAGGAUGAAAGUGGAAUUGGAUCGGUCGACCACGAGGAGCAACGAGGAACUCUACCAGGAGCUGACUCGAAUCGAUCCGGAAAUGGCUAAGACGUUUCAUCCGAACAACAGGAGGAAGAUCAUUCGAUCCCUGGAAGUGUUCGAGCAAUACGGCAUAAAACACUCGGAACUGUUGAAAGCUCAAAGAAUAGCCGGUGGUUCCGGAUUGGGUGGUCCUUUGAGAUAUCAGAACUGCAUUCUGUUAUGGCUUCGAUGUGACAUGAAUCCAAUGUGGAAAGAUUUUACGAGAAGCCUGAGAAAUUCUCGGCGACACCAACGCUUCAUUUCACGGAGCCUUUACUGUUAAUUUGAAGAAACCUCGAUGCGGCUUCUUUCUUAACCCUUUGGGGCUGGGAAGUGUUUACGAAAAAAAAAAAAAAAAAAAAAAAAAAAAAAGAAAUGAUGUCAGUGAAUAAUCAAACGUAUCCAAUCACGCCGAUUUUUGCACUUCCUUUUUGCUUUAAAUUUCUGUUCGUUGUAUUAAUGUUUGCUUGUUAUUUUUUUCUUGUUGUUUUGAUACGAGAUGUUAUGAUAUUAUUCGAUGAAAACGAGUGUCGCGGUGGUCUCGCUGAUUAAGAUUUAUCGCAUUUGAAUUAGUGGAUUGCUUUCUAUAAUACAUACUUACUGUACGUGGAACUAUGCAAAUAUUUAUUUCGAGAGUGUUGAUAAUCUUCAAGACUGCGGAUGUUUGUGCAUUUUUCACAAAUCUUGACGAACGUAUAAUGGAAUAUCCAGAUUAUUUA